UUUAUAUUCAAUAAAAAGUAUUUGCAAACAAUAUUUGCAGUAAAAAAAAUCAUUUAUUUCAUGAUAUUUAUUAUAGUUUUACUUUUAGAAUUAAAAAAAAUCAUACCUGCGAACUACUUUUGUUAUUAAAUUAAAUUCGUGACGUCAUCACAAGAAAAACCAAAACAAGGAACAGAAAAGAAACACAAAUCUCAAAAAAUGAGGUUGAAACAAGCCGCCUUAGAGAAUGAUCGGGCAUUUAGAUGUUGCUUUUGUUGUCAUGUGAGAGUUGGGACCGUAGCGUUUGGCUGUCUUCAAUUGUUUGCCCUGAUUACAUUGUUGACAUGUAUGGCAAUAUCACUGACUGGGUCCGGCUGGAACAGUCUAGAUGGAGCCCCGAAGGUGCUCGAGUCGAACGACAGCAGCACAGCCUCCGACAUGGACAGCUUUUACUACCAGUGGGACCAGCUGAAAACUUCCAAAAGUGGCUGUCUGCUGUUUGCCCUGCUGUUCUCUCUCUUCAUCAUUUCCCUCAUGAUGGUGUAUGGGGCCAUUAGGAACCGUCCAUGCUACCUGCUCCCAUUUUUCUUCUACCAAGUGUUUGACUUUAUGAUUGGAUGCCUCAGCUUCGUGAGCUUUCUCACCUAUGCCCCAAAUGUCAAGAUCAUGCUUCUGGAGAGGGGACUGGCAGAUGAGCCGUUCUUCAACAGACUGAUGUUCAUGGAUGAGCAGAAGUUGCAAAUCCUCUUUGUGCUGAUCUACAUUCUCUUCCUCUCUGUCAAGCUGUACCUGAUCAACAUGGUGUGGCUGUGCUACCGUUACCUGCAGCUGAGGAUCAUCAACGGCCGUGCGGUCCACGAGUACACCACUGAACCAGACAGCGAGAUGUUGCUACCCCCAAAGUACGAUGAGGCUAUGAAGAUGGCCCCAGCUGGGCCCCCUCCCCCAGCAUACACAGCAUAGAUGGCUGGGGACAAGCCUUCACCCUGACCAAGAUCCAGCACCUGGAUUAGAACUUUAACCUUUACUGACUUCGAACUUACUUAAAACAUGGCAGCUUUCCAUGUGUAAAUUUUAUGGAAAUAUCUUUGAACCUUUCAAAAAUCCUAUGGUCUUCAAGUUAUGUUUUAAGACAUUGAAUUCAAGUAUUAUUAAAAAAAUUAUUUGGUUUUCUCUACUUACUUGCAUUUCAAUGUAUGAUAACUGCAAAUCAAUGCCAUGUAUUUAUUAUACAAUGAAAAAAGUGCAUCUCUUAGGUACAUGGGUGAGAUUGGUAAAUAUUUGGGUUGGCACUAGGAGUAAUUCUAGUGAAAUGCAGAAGAUAUUCUACAAUAUUAGUAUUGUUGGGUUUUAUUCCAUUCACUUUAUAUUUUUGGUCUACUUGGUAGAAUGAUUUUGUUUCUUUAUUUGAGGUAUUUUUUGCACUUUUGUUGUAAAACCUAAGUGUUGUUUCGUAUAUAAACUAUUGUUUCUGUGAAAUCAUUUGAUGUUGCACUUCAUCAUUGCAUUCUCGAAAAAGAGAAUAUUUUAAUUGUAAUAUAUUUUUUCCAGCUGAACUGUUCCCAGCCAGAUAGUUAAUAGUAAACGAAUGUGAUCUCUGCUAUCAUGUUCUAAUUCCAAAUACUGGUGAUUAUGUUAAACUAGCGAGUGUUGUUAUAACUAUGGGGUUUAGUUUUAGGGAUGCAAUGAUGAUUAAGUAUGAAAGGUACCUCAACAUUCAGAUAAUAUAUAAUAAUACAAACACGUUUCAAACACGUUUUGGCUACCAUUUCUGCAUUAGGCCUUCAUGAGUAGAUGAAAUUAGUUUUAAAUGGCAACAUGUUGAAAAUGGGAAGUUAAAUCAGUGUACAGAAUACAGUCAUAGAUCAAGUGUUUAUACUUUACUUAAGAUGAUGGGGCCAUUGUGUUCACAAGUGUACAGCAAAAUAUCUUAAAGUCAAGAACUAAAGAUAAAUGUGAGCCGAGUAUCACAAACUAAAGUGAAAGGUUUACCGGUACUAGUAAAAUACAAAUAAACAUAGCCAUAAAUGACCAAGGCAGCUACUAGUUUAAAAAAAGAUAUUCAGACUACUGGAAUAUCAUGUCAAUUCAACAAUUUUAUCAAACGAUAUGUCAAUUUUGUUAGGAAAAUGUGGCCCCAUUUAUCUCCUUUCUUUGUGCCUGUGAUAUGUUUGGAGUUUGAUUUUCAAUUUGUGUAAAUAAGUGGGUUGUUGCAUGUUGUUGGUUGAACCUUAUGCGGACUCGUAUCAUGUUGGUUGAACCAUUAGCGGACUUUCUCACAGAGGUAUCAUGUUGGUUGAACCGUAAGCGGACUUUCUCACAGAGGUAUCAUGUUGGUUGAACCGUAAGCGGACUCGUAUCAUGUAGGUUGAACCAUUAGUGGACUCGUAUCAUGUUAGUUGAACUGUAAGCAGACUUGUAUCAUGUUAUUUGAACUGUAAGGGGACUCGUAUCAUGUUAGUUGAACUGUAAGCGGACUUGUAUCAUGUUAUUUGAACUGUAAGGGGACUCGUAUCAUGUUAGUUGAACUGUAAGCAGACUUGUAUCAUGUUAUUUGAACUGUAAGGGGACUCGUAUCAUGUUAGUUGAACUGUAAGCGGACUUGUAUCAUGUUAUUUGAACUGUAAGGGGACUCGUAUCAUGUUAGUUGAACUGUAAGCAGACUUGUAUCAUGUUAUUUGAACUGUAAGGGGACUAGUAUCAUGUUAGUUGAACCAUAAGCGGAAUUUCGCAUAGAGAUAUCUAGUUAGUUGAAUGGUAAGCGGAUGCUCGCACAGAGAUGUUCAAAUUAAAUAAGGUGUUCAAUAAAUCACCAAGUACAAGCAACAAGCAGUGUUUUACACAAUUAAAUAAUUAUUUCUUUUCAUGUUUGACAGCAUAAAACGUGGGAAAGUCCCUUAAUUGGUGGGUUAGAACACUGAUCAUGUUCUAUUUUCACUCCAUAUUUUUUGCUGGUGUAUUUAUAUGAAUUUUUAGCAUUAGAUGUGUAUUCAUACAGUUAGUUGAAAAAACUGUUUUUGGGGGAAUAAUGCCAUAAUACAUCAUUUUUUCUUUCAUAUUCUUUUAGAUCUUGCAAUUUAAGACCGCAAUUAAUUGAUAAAUAGCUUGGUUGGCAUUGCGUGACCAACUCACCAAUAUACCAGCGACCAAAAAGGAUUUUAGCCUCUCCAGUAGACCUAAGUAAAACGGCUUUUUAUUACAGAAUUAAAGGUUUGGGAAGGAAAAUAACAAGAACCAACCAAACUUACCCACACUUAAAUUCUGUUAAAUGCCAAACAAACUAUUCAUGAAUUGUUGCCAAAUUGUAUUGAAGUUUUAGACAGGUAAAUUUAUAGUUCAGCAUAAUAUUUGUGAUUUUAUCCAGAUUUUUUUGGGGAAAUUUUGAAUCUUUCCCGGUAUCAUAAAAAAAGUACUGACUUUAAAGAAAGAGCUUUAGCAUUUGCUCUUAGUAUUUGCGUAUAAGACUAAAAAAAGUAAGAUUUUUUUUCACAAUGUUAAGACAUUGGUUUGUAUCAGUAAUAGAAAUUUUGUGUUUUUGUUGCUUAAAUAUGAACAAUUACUUCGUUCAAAGAGCUUUGAAGGCUGUUAGAAAUGCAACACUGUUACUAGAUGUAUUUGAACUAUUAGCACUGAACACUAUGUUAAUGCAAUUCAAUGUCAUUUAGAUUUGAAUAAAAACCUUUCUCUUUUAAUAA